AUGCGUCAAUUAACUAAAGAAUAUCGUAUUCAAGCAAUGUCUUUAUACUUACAAGCAAUAACUCGUGAAAAAGAAAUAUUAAAAAAUGAAAUUGAACUUGUUAUGAAAGCAUUUAAACAUUAUAAUGAUUUAUGUGAAAAACGUUUUAAUUUAGAAGGAUUUCUCGCUCCAACUAUAAUUAAUGAAGCACAAGUAAAAUUAACCGAGGAAGAAUAUCAAUUAUUAAAAUUAGGUCCUCGGUUUAUUUAUAAUGAUCCACAAACGGCUUCUCGACGACGUACAACUGAGUUGGCUAUGUUAAAACUCGAACAAUUUAUAGCCGAAUUGGAUAUUAUAUUAAAAAAUUUACAUGAUACACCUAUUAGUAAAGUAAAUCGAAAAUAUAAACCACAACGUGAAAUAAUUUCAUAUGAUAAUUUAUUAGAAACGAUUCAAUUGAAUCAAUAUCAAAUUACUAAAUGUCCAAUUACUACUGAAAAAAAAAUUAUGGUAAAUUACAAGAUUAUCACAAAAAAAUCUGAUGAAUAUAUGGAAAAAACUGAAGCAUAUAAAUGUUUACACCAGAAUGAUCCAUUACCAAGUUCAAUUGACUGGACAAAUAAAUAUUUACUAAAUUUAAGAUUAAGUAAUUGGAUUACACAGAAACAAUAUGAACAAUUAAGUAUCAGACCAAAUGAAAUGGAAUUAGCUCAUCUUUAUUAUUUACCAAAAGCUCACAAACCUGGCACUCCAAUUCGGUCAAUUGUUUUUGGAUUCAAACAUCUAACUAUAAAAAUAUCAAAAUUUCUUGACGAAUUACUUCGACCAUUAUUUGAUAAAAUGGCAUCAAACACAACUGUUACUUCUGGAACUGAAGUUAUUAAACAAUGA